AUGGAAGAAAAGGGAUUCGACUCCCAGCCCAGAAGCACGGGGACGACCGAGGAAGUUGAAUAUACCGGGCCUUCCCACAAGAAAGACCACAAAGAUGACCUCUGCAAAUUGCUAUCCAUUGUUUGGGCUGAGGAUGGGAUCAUUCCUAUCGCGCUUUUCAGAGAAUCAUGCAAGCCUCAAUCUGAAUGGAGCUGGGAUGGGGAGCUCCACGAGCGACGUUCAGCUCUCUGGACAUUUCCACCCUGGCUAGAGGCCAGUCUUGCGCGGUUUGAAGAUGGAAGUACCUCUAGCCAGCAGUGGAAGGGCUGUCAUAUUGAGAACAUGGUGUUUGGCAAGGGAAUCGUCAUCGGGAAAGAGUGUAAAAAUAUUAAUCUUUCGGGUAUUCCGUAUCAGGAGCAGCAUUUCAAUAUCCUCACAAUUGCCCUACAGGCCCUUCCCGAUCAAUACAGCGAGGUUCUAUGGCAGGCAAAGGAGGAUCAGCUGUGGGAUGUCAUCGAGACAACAUGUCUUCCUUUCUUGCUCCCACACAUCCCGUACCUUUUGCAUCUGACCAAGUUUCUCGUCCGGGUUCGCAACCGUAAUAGACACAGUCUACGUACAUGCCCCGCUGGACAUGCCCAGGAAAUCCUGCAAAUUCUCCGACGAGAAACGAGCCAUUAUGAAAAGGCAGAUCUGAACUAUCUUGAGCUUGCAGCGGAUCUGUGUGAGAUUCUGAGUGCACGCCGUCGUCCACCGCUGGAGAUGCUAGAAGACGUCAAGAAGCUCGCCUUUGAUCGGAAAGAUAUACUCGAUAGAAGGAUGGUUUCAGAGAUCGGAUUCACCCUGUUUGAUAUCGCCAAGACCAAGAAUGGAACGGGAGCAGCCAUGCAGUCCUGGGAUAUCUCCUGGUGGUUUUCACUGAUACAGAAACAUCCUUCGACGAUGGAGUGCAUAGCCAUGUCACUCAAUCUGCCCGAUGAUGCUUUGAUUAACAGGCUUCAGGAUUGGCAUUUGAAUAUCGAUGCAAAAGCUGUUAUUGGAAUGGUAGCCACAACGAAAGAGUCGCAUUCGGAGGCAAUCCGCAUACUGGACACGGCAAUUCCAGACGUCAAAGCGAGGUACGGCGUUCAAUCCAUCGAGACUCUCGUAGUCGCUACAGCCCUUGUCAUAUCGUGCAAUAUCCUGCUUCAACACGAUGUGGCUGAAAGGUGGGCGCGAGUGAUCCUUGGACAAUCGUCACGGAGUGAAAAGAGCUCCGCGGAUACUCAGCACGCGGAUCUUGAGUGGGCAAAGAGAAUCGUGAAAGGGGAGACUGCACCCGCUCGUUUUGUCCAUCUGCUCACUGCACUGGCAGAUUUUUUCACUUGCCGGGAAUCAUACGCUGCUGCUGAAAGCCUUCUCGAGCGAGUCAUUACAAUUGACACCAGGAUCAAGCCGAAAACGAGAAUGAUUACAUAUCUCAUGAUUCUAGGAAUGUAUGAAAAGCGUGGAGACCGGAUGGAGGAACCGAAAACAUGGAAAUACCUCCAGCAGGCUGUCAAAAUCCUCAAAUAUGUAUCUUUGGAGCAGCAAGAUAAGUGUCUGGAGGAGACUGUCCGUAUUUUCCUCUCCCUUGAUCGAUAUAACCGAGCGAAUCUACAGAGAGCAGGAGAAAUCCUCCAUUCACUGUUUCUCGCCACAAGGCUCAGAUGUAGGAAUGUGCAGCGUGGGAGGCUCCGUGAAAUUGCAGAGAGACUCAAUAUCUUGUGCCUCUGUGGUUCCCCCAUGAUGUUGGGACAGAAAAUCCUUGAUCUGUUUCCCCAAGCCCAUCCCAGGAUAAUUGAAAGAAUAUCUGAAGUCAGCUGGGCCAGAGGUGUCCAUAUAUACUGUUCCCACCCGUCUUCUUCGUCGAGAUAUAUUGACAUUGACGUUCAAUCGCGCGGCUUUGAAGAGCCUGCGUUGCGGCCUUCCUGGACCAGUAAUCCGCGCUCGUUGGCCACUCUGCUCGAGACGGUUCAGCGAAGAUGUCCGAUUUGCAAGAACCGAUUUCCUGUUGGCAUGACCAAGGCACAGAAAGAACACCAUAUCAUGCUCGAUCUAAGCCCAUAUAUCUGCCCUUUCCCGGAUUGCUGGCAGGGAAGCGCCUGCCACUCAUCGAAGUCUACGUAUGCAGCUCACCUCUUCCAGCAUCUUACCAGUGUGUUCUAUACCUGCUGCCGGUGUAAGACAUCAUAUACGAGAUCCGACAACCUUGCCUAUCAUCUGCGUUGCUACUACGGCGUGAAAGAACCCACCGUGGAUUUAGAUUAUCAUGUCAUUCACCCUCCAAGGAAUGCGAAAAUGAUGAAGUGUCCCCUGUGUUUUGAGAUUCUGGAUAUCACGGCCUUUCUAGAGCAUAUAUGUCAUCACAUGGAAACUGUGGCAAUGUCCUGUGUUCCAGAUAUCAAACAUACAAGAUGGAUCCCCUCCUUGGGCAUCAUUAAUACCGGACCCGGGGUUCCUAAUCCCCCGCCACCCAUGCCGGCGGUGGAUGAUUUCGCACCGAGUAUAUUCGAGUUCAUGACGGAAAGAAACCCAAGUCCGCAGAUUGACCCGCAGGGAGCUCUCCCCCCGGUGCCCAGGUUGAAUACAGACAUCCGCCCCCCUGGCGAUUCAACGCCUACUCAAGAAGACAGGGUGGAAAUUUACUGCGAUGAUUGGUGUGUGGAUGCAAGAUACAAGCGCCCAAGAAAUACACAAAGAUUCUUCCGGGUCGGCAAGGUAUUUUCUAUUGUACGUCGUGAUUCUUCCUGGAAUAAUGCCAUCAAAGACAUUACGCGAGCCACGCCCGAAAUGCGGGUUCAUUCCUACAUCCAGCGGCUGAUUGUUGUCUGGGAACAAAAUGAUUGCUGCUGGUGCGUACCCAUCACCACCUAUGGCGGCAAAGGAGUCGUCCAGGCAGGCGUAGACCCUUCCAAGCAUGCCGUCCUUUUCGUCCGUGGCAGCAUACCCUAUACAUCGCCAGAAGAACCACCCAUGGGCAAGUCACCGAUAGAAAUCAUCCCGUCGAUCCCGAUACGUGAAAUGCUCAUGUUUCGGGUUAAUUUCGGCAGGGUGCAUACGAUCGAGCAUAACGCGACAGUACUUGACAUCGGAGAUGUGAGUAGAGAGUCACUGCCUACGCUGCUAGAUCAUUUCAAGGAGGAACUCGUGUACUCGGGGCUGCAUUAUCGGUCUUCGGAUUUUUCUGCGCGGACAUUACUCAAAUACUGGAGGAGGAAGGAUUGA